CCAUGCACCUGCGCUUAAAGGCGUUCUGCCACAGUGUGAUGGUGGGUUUCCUGUUACUAUUUUAAAAGUGAAGAAAGGGCUUCGCACAUCUAUAUCAGGGGACAGCGCUGCAAGAGAAAGAGACUCUACCACAAUGAUCUUACAACUGGCUGCUUUGAUUCUACUGCGCACUGUGUCUCUGGUUCAAACUGGAGAGAAUCCUCACCUCAUCUCUAUGAGGAUGGUUCAUGUUGGGGAGAGUUUUACUAUGAGAUGUCAGAUCUCUGAGAAGGAAAAGUCAUUUUACUGCCACAAGCAGUCCCUUGGAUAUGUGGUCCAAACCAUUGCUGUACUAUCACUUGACAAACCAACCUUUUCUGAAUCAGUUAAAGACUCCCGAUUCCAAAUAACAAAAGAGAACAACCAGUUUGUGCUUUCCAUUAGUAAUGUCAGCAAAGAAGAUGAGGCAACAUACUUUUGUCAAGACGUAUCAACAUUUUCAUCAAGUUUUGUCGGCACCUUCUUGGCUGUAAAGGAUCGUUGUCAGAAUAAAACUGUCGGUGUGACACAAAGACCUGAGACUUCAGCAGUCCAGCCGGGCGGCUCAGUUAGUCUUCAAUGUUCACUUCCCUGUAGGAACAAGGAAACCAGCAUCCAGUGUCCAGGUGAACACAGAGUGUACUGGUUCAGAGCUGGAUCAGAAGGAUUCCAUCCAGGCAUCGUUUACACUCACAAAAACAGAAGUUUUAAACACGAGGACAGAAGUUGUGUCUACAGUCUGUCCAAAACUAUCCAGGACUCCUCUGAUGCUGGGAUUUACUACUGCGCUGUGGUCACAUGUGGAGGAAUCCUGUUUGGUGAAGGAACUACAGUGGAGACAAGACUGCCUCCUCAUUCAGGAUCAGAACCAGGCCCUCUCGUCCUUACGCUGGGAGUAUUGUUGGCCGGCUGUGUCAUUGUAAUUGCCAUCCUUAUUUUCUACAUUAAACAAAGGGGAGACUGUGAACACUGUGAAGGACAGAUGAGUCAAUCCCAUCAUCAUGGACGUGACCAGCCAAAUCUGGAUCAAUCUAACGUCAUGGCGAUGACCUAUGCAUCCUUGGAUUUCCAAGAAAGGAGAGUCAAAAGAGGGACGAAGAAGAAGAGAGACACGCCACAAGACUGUGUAUACUCUGAUGUUCACAGAGGACCUGUGUCUUAAUCCCCAACUCUAACCCAAAGUGAACAGGAGAAGAAGUUUUGAAUAUCCUAAGAAGGAAACAUUUUAGUACACGGGGUCCUGUCUCUUUUCUUGUUGUUUUGUCCUUAAUCUUUUACAUGUGUGCCAGGGGAUUUGCGCAGAGUGAGGCCCAAAUCACCUUCACCGUCGGUCACCGCUGGUAGUUGAUCUCUGCGUGAGACGACGUCUGUUAAUUGGGGUUCCCCUAUUGGUGGCGUCACUGUGUCUGCAUGCCUUCAUCUCCGUCAUACUUGUCUCUCCUCCUCCUCCAGUCAACAUCCAACAAUCAUUCACCGCCUGUCUUCCCUCAAGUCAUCUUUAACUGUUCCAUUCAGUCUAUCUGUAGGGGGGAGGCAGCUUUUGUAAUGAAACCUGUUUUUUCAAUAAAAUCCUUUCUUCGUGUAACUAUAAGGUUAACUGGUAUUCCUAGGUAUUUGUUGGUGUUUUGGGAACUAGGUUUAGUUAUACUUUCGUUGCUGUGUUUUUUUUAUUUUGGGUUAAGGCGAUCUUCUUUUUUGCCUCUUUAAUGUCUUAUGGGUGGCUGCUACCUAUAUAUUUAUGUUGGACCAGGUGAGUUUAGUUGAGGUAGGAAGUGUUUUAUUUCAUUGUUUUCUUGGUAGCAAUGAGUCAGGGGGUUGUACGCUAGGCAAAGAAGCUACUCUCUUUUGUUUGUUUCAUUGAUUUGGCGCCACCCGCAGCCCUUACCUUUGUUUCCUGCCUCCUGUCCCCUCCCUGAAUUCUAAAUAGGCGGGGUUGUGUUGAUCUUCCUCUGUUAUUGUUGUUUUUGGUUAUUCUAGUUGUAAAUCAAUAAACGGCUUGCU